UUUUUUUCCUAAUACUUACACAUUUGAUAGUUUAAAGAGCCAUGGAGCUACCGAAUGUAGAUCCAUCUCCUAAAAACUCUUUAGUCACUAUAUCUAGAGAUGAAUCAACAAAGAAGAAAAUAAUAGAUAUUAUAAACCAUCAAUUUGAUUUAGAAAUAUAUCUUAAACAAAGAGAGUUAUCAACAAUUCGACAAGAGAUUGCUAAAGCAGAAAAUAUACUUAAUGAUUUAAAACAAGCCGUAGAAAAUGAAACCAUGGCUGCAAAUAUGCCAGAAGCAGCACAUUAUACCCGACGAUCUGCAAUGUAUUAUCACGGCGGCUCAAAAGCAUUAUUAAAUCAAGGAAAUACACCAAAACGAAAAGUAUAUAGGACCUCAGAAAAGAGUAAAUUGUAUGGUAGACGACAAGAUGGUGUUUAUGUUAGUUUGGCUUGUCCUGCAUGUCAUCGUGAUGAUUUCGCAAAUCAACAGGGAUUUUUAAACCAUUGUCGUAUAUCACAUAAUUUAGAAUUUGGACCGUAUGAACAAAUCAUGUUAAAAUGUGGUACACCAGUUGAUGAAUCAGAAGUACCUCUUGAUAGUCCUGCUCGAACAAGACCAGUCAUGAAUUUAAUUCCUGCAAUAAGACAAACUCAAAAGAAACUUGAAAGACCUUCGAUCAAAGUAUUUGAAGAAGAUGUUGAUAUGGAACUAGAAAAUGAACGAAAAUCGAAUGUACCAACAGCAAUAUCAGAAGUAAAAUCAUAUGAAACGCCUGCGAAAACAAAAACAGUAGAUACUUUAACAACCUUAAAUCAUACAUCUGCAGUUGAAAAAGCAAAAAGUUCAGUCAUACCCACUUCUGUAAAUAAUGUGAAUGAAAAACCAAUUGAAAGUAGUUUAUCGAAUACUGUUGAACAAACCAUUUCACAAAAAUCACUGGGAAAAGAAAAUUCAAAAAAGCCAGAGCCAUCUACAGUAGCUAUAACUACAAAUACAACUACAACUACAGCAAACAAUGAAGAGCAAAGCAAGUCUGUUCAAGCUGCUGAUACACAAAUAGAUACUAAUACUUCAACUAAUAAUAUACCAAAGAUAGAAUCUCUUGCAGCAGCCAUGUCCUCCAUUAGUACUGCAGAUAUUGGAUCUCGCUUUUAUAUAAAACGUCGAAUACUUGUAGGAAAUGUUAGUAAAUACUUGGCACCAGAACGUCGUGAUCCUUCUUUAAAACAAUUUACACACAAGUGGAUGAUAUAUAUUGUCGAGCCUCCACAAUCAAAAGAAAAAAUUUCAGCAUUUAUUACUUGUGCUCGAUUUUAUUUACAUCCAAGCUAUAAGCCUCAUGAUGUCGUGGAUGUUACUGAUGCACCAUUUAAACUUACACGACUUGGUUGGGGUGAAUUUCCAGUUCGCAUUCAGUUAUUCUUUGUAGAUAAACGUCGCAAUAAAUCCGUUGACUUGAUUCAUCAUUUGAAAUUAGAUAAUACACAAUCAGGAAAGCAACUAUUGGGUAGUGAGCGAAGUAUUGAAAUUGAAUUAGAUAGGAAUACAGAUUUUAAUGAUACCACCACUUCUACACCAACAAAUAAUAUACCAGUAAUGAAACAACAAAACCAAGAAAAUACUGAAACAUCAGAAUCAAUGGCUGUAAAACAAAAAAUGAGUCUUUUAGGUGGCAUUUUGAAAGAAUGUGUCAGAAAGUUACCAAUUGUCAGAGCUGGCUCUCAUGGUAAAGUUCUUCCUUACAGUUGCGCAUUGAGUUCAAAAAUGUUUUUUAAAUGGUCAGUGGGUAAACGAAAGGCACUUGAAUGGCAUCGAGCACGAUUGUUACGUUUAGAGACACAAAAAAGAGCUUUUGAAGUCAACGAUAAUGUGUUAAGAAUAGCUGCUGAAGCACUUACAACGAAAGAUGUCGUCUUAUGGUGCCGUACUAAAAAAUAUACACCUGUAAAAUCGGAUGCAAAUGAUGAUACUCACGAACAAGAGACGCCUGUCGGUUAUUGCAAAUUCUGUGGUAGUUUAAGAGAUGGUCAUGACGAGAGUAUGGAUGAUAAUUGUCCCAGAAGACCAAAAGGAUGGAACAGUAGAAAACGAAAUGGUGGUAGUAUUAAUAGCAUGACUAGUGUGACAAAAUUAUUGAGCUCAUUAGAAAUGGGAUGGGAUGCAGAUGAUGAAAUGGAUAUUGAUGUAGAUAUGAAUCAUGGUCCAACUCCUAAAAAGGAACAAGUCAGUCGUCAAAGCGGUAUAACAAAAGAAGUUGAAGGUUGGAUUGCUGAUACGGACACUAUGGAUGUCGUAAAUGAAAGGACUUUAGACUGGAUAUGGUCUGUAGUAGGUCAACUGCGACUGAAAAGUGUAAUCGCAAAUGAUAUGCUGUUAGCAAAAAAUGGUAAUUUACAAGGUCCUAUGCCUGGUUUUGAUUUAUCAGCUGCAAUGAAUCAAAGAUUGGUAGUAGGAAACAUCUUAACACAGGCAACCCGAGUAUUCUUGAAAAAAUUAAUAAAUCAAACGCUAAAUGCAUGUCGUAAAGAAGAUGAAGGAUCAGCAAAUAAAUCAACGAAAAUGAUGGUCCCAUAUCAUAUUUACCAAGCAUUACAACAGCGAGAAGAAUUUGAUUUUCUGACUAAUCAGUAUAUGGCGUCUGAAGAAGAACCUACAAAACAAGAAGAUGUGGAUAAGAUGAAUAUGGAUGUCAUGGAAAAUCCUUAGUAGUUUUUUUUUUUUCCCGAUUCUUGUCAUGUCAACAACAAAUUAUCACUUCAUGUUGGUGAACAAAAAAAAAAAGAAAAAAAAAAGAACAGAUAGGAAAGCUUAAGUACUUUUAGACAAUAUAAUAGAUCUUCUUAAUUUAAGCUUCGUGCUCAUAAAGUCACUGAGAAGAGUAAUAAUAACUUUUUUGUUGAAGGAUACCUAGAUGUGUAUAUAAUCAUUGUUAUCAUUAGUAUUAUAAAUAAAAUAUACGUAUAAUAUAUUUAAAUUAAAA